AUGGAGAAAGCCAGCUCUUUUCUUCUUUCUUUUGUCUUGCAAUUACUCUGCUUCUUAGUGGCAUGCAUUGCCACAAACAUAAGCACUGAUCAAUCUGCUCUUCUUGCCUUCAAAGGCAGAGUUACUCUAAACUCUUCUCAUCCCUUAUCCCUAAAUUGGUCUUCUCAAGUUUCCAUAUGUGAUUGGAUUGGAGUCACUUGCGGCUCUCGCCACCAAAGGGUAACUGUACUAAAUGUAUCCAACAUGGACAUUUAUGGGUCCAUUCCACCACAGUUAGGAAACCUCUCGUUUCUUGUUUCUCUCGAUGUUAGCAGAAAUUAUUUACAUGGAGACCUUCCUCAAGGUUUGUCUCGUUUACGUCGAUUGAAGGUGAUGAAUCUCGGGUACAAUAAUUUCAGUGAAGAGAUUCCAAUGUGGUUUGGUUUUUGUUCUGAGCUUCAAAUGUUAAUUCUUGAUAACAACGGUUUCUCGGGUGUACCCCCUGCUUCUAUUUCUAACCUAUCCAAGUUAGAAACUCUCAGUAUUAAAAACAAUCAACUUCGAGGCAGUAUUCCCAAAGAUAUUGGCAACCUUCAGAGUCUAAAGGAGUUGUUUUUAGUCAUUAACCACCUUACUGGUUCAAUUCCAAUUACCAUUUUCAACAUUUCCUCGUUGGAAAUUUUAGCUCUCACAUUAAAUGAAUUAUCAGGGAGUCUCCCUGUAGAUAUAUGCCGCCGUCUUCAAAGAAUCAAGAGCAUUUCAAUAAUUUCCAACCAUUUGAUUGGUCACAUUCCAGCUGGUUUGUCUAAUUGCACGGAAUUGUAUGACUUGUCAAUGUCAUACAAUAACUUCGAUGGGACCAUUCCACCAGAAAUUGUGAACUUGGAGAGGCUUGAAAGAUUAAACCUUGGCGGAAACAACUUGCAAGGUAGUCUUCCAUCUGCUCCAGACUACUGCCUAACAAAUCUACAGUUUUUGAACCUUGGUGCAAACAACAUAGGUGGAGUCAUACCUAGCUCAAUUUCCAAUUCCUCAAAUCUAAAGGAAUUAUAUCUUCACGAAAACAAUUUGAGUGGCCAAAUUCCAACUCGUUGGGGGAUUUGAGACAGCUUGAAUAUUUGGCUUUGUCGGCCAAUAAUUUAACAGGUGUUAUACCUAAAGAGAUGGGGAAUCUUUACAAAUUGAAGAAUCUAGUUAUGGGUUCUAAUAAAUUAAGUGGUUCCAUACCGGAAGAGAUCUUCAAUAUCUCUACACUAAGAGUGAUGUCACUUGAAUUAAAUAACCUUUCGGGUUGUCUUCCAUCUGCUUCAGGCUACUGGCCAACAAACCUAGAGUAUUUGAGUCUCGGUACAAACAACAUUGGUGGAGUUAUACCCAGCUCAAUCUCCAAU